AUGUGGAAGCCUUCAGAGCGCCUGAUGGAAACCAUCAGGCACUAUGCCAGCUUCCCCGCAACCGGUGUCUCGCUGCGGCAGAUGGUCCAAUUCGGUGACCGUCCCUCAACAGGCACUUUAUUCCGCGCUUCCCAAUUUCUCUCUGAGGAGCUCCCGAUCCGGCUCGCCCAUCGCGUGCAGGAUCUGGGGGAGCUGCCAGAUGGACUAAGCGAGAUGCCAUCGAUCAAAAAAGUCCAGGACUGGUAUGCGCAGUCUUUUGAGGAAAUCAUUGCUCUUCCUCGCCCAACCCUGACUCAAGAAGUGAAAACCCGCCUACUGCGACCAGGCCGGAUGAGCGGCGGAUUCUCGAAAAUCCUCUCUGAAACGACUCAAAACCCCAGCGUGCGCGAGGGCCAGUACCGGUCAUCCGUGACCGCAGGCAAUGGAAAUGGUGUUGGCAAACAGCCCGCCGCGGGUCGACGAUAUUUCUUCCCCGCGGAUGACCGCGGAGAUUGGCCUCCGGAGCUCAACGACUACAACCAACGAUUCGCUAAGACCCUCCAGCAGAUCAAGCGGCGCCACGACGGGGUCGUCACCACCGUGGCGCAAGGUAUUCUCGAAUGGAAACGCGUGCGGCAGCGCAUGCAGAUCGACUCUACGAUUCAGUCCUUCCUCGACCGGUUCUACAUGUCCAGAAUCGGUAUCCGAAUGCUCAUCGGCCAACACAUCGCACUCACGGAACAAACGCACGUCAAACACCCCAACUAUGUCGGAAUCAUCUGUACCAAGACCAACGUCCGGGACAUUGCACUCGAGGCUAUCGAGAAUGCCCGCUUCGUCUGCGAGGAUUACUAUGGUCUCUUCGAAGCGCCCAAGGUGCAGCUGGUCUGCAAGGAGGACUUGAACUUCAUGUAUGUCCCGGGACACCUAUCGCACAUGCUCUUCGAGACUCUCAAGAACUCGCUGCGCGCGGUCGUCGAACAACAUGGCGCCGACAAAGACGAAUUCCCCGUGACCAAGGUCAUCGUCGCCGAAGGCAAGGAAGACAUCACGAUCAAGGUCUCAGACGAAGGUGGUGGUAUCCCCCGGUCGUCCAUUCCUCUCGUGUGGACCUACAUGUACACAACCGUGGAGCAAACACCCAAUCUGGACCCUGAUUUCGACAAGAACGACUUCAAGGCGCCAAUGGCUGGCUUCGGAUACGGUCUACCCAUAAGCCGACUGUACGCACGGUACUUUGGCGGUGAUCUAAAACUGAUCAGUAUGGAGGGCUACGGAACCGACGUCUACCUCCACCUCAACCGCCUCUCUUCAACCCCCGUCAUGAGAGACGGUCGGGUCCGGAUCACCACCUCGCACCGCCUGCAACCAUUCUACAAUGACCCGGAACACACACCCGCGCCGGCUCGAGGACUGACACUGAUGAACGCGCAGGCUCACUACGCCCGCAUGCGCAGCCGAGAGGUCUCGGAGCGUAAGCAGGUCGGAGACAUGGAGAGUCUGUUCCACUCGGAGCUGCGGAGGACAGGAGAGGAAGAGAUGUAA